ACAAGGGAAACAAUUGCUGUGCCAACCAUGGAGGAGACACCUGGUGUGGAUAUUGAGACCCUCAUAGAUGAAUUUGAAUAUAUUCCUGGGCACUUUCACUUGGAAAUGAACCUUAACUUUGAAUCUUGCACUCCAGUGCAAUUCAGGAGAAGAGACAUUAAAUUAAAAAGAGAUGCCUUACAAUUCCAACUGGAAUCUGACUCCAGCUUUCAGCAGUUUGCAGUCAGGAACCUGCUUGGUGUAUUUUCCUUUUACCUGGACGAGGUUGACCAUGCAAGGGAUAUUUUUGUGAACAUCAGCCAUCAGGAUCCCAACAAUUUAAAUGCCUGGGCGAACCUGGCCUAUGUGUACGACAGAUUAAAUAUGGAGGAUGAGGCUUCGCAUUGCACCGAUAAGUUGUCCCAUCUAAUGGGUCUAGAGGGAGAUAGUGGGGACAGCCAAGAGCAUAAGCUGAGGGCCGCUCGCUGCCUGGCUGAACAGGGCUAUGCCCACGUCUUUGACGUUGGUCUGCUUAAUGAAGAGGACAACAUGGAGAAACUGCUUGCUGGAAUCAACCUGUAUGAAAAGGCCCUGGCUUAUGGGAAACAAGAGAUUACAGUGGAAGAAAAACGAAGCUGGUUCUUUACAAUGGCAUCUCUGUGCAUAAGGUUGGAUGGAAUAUUAAUGAACAAGAAUGACAACGAGAAUAACAGAAUUUUGUUUUUUAACAAGACCCUGAUGCUCCUCAAAGAAGCAAUAAAAUCCUCAUUUUGUCACUACAGAGCCCUGGCGUGGUGCUAUGUUGGAAUAAUGCUGGAAAGACAACAUACGUUUUCCACAACACCGAUGGGGAUCCAUAACUGCGGCUACACGGGAACAGACCCUCUGGAUUGCUUCGGAAAGGCAAUACAAAUGGCGAAAGAUGACCCUCUUAUACUAAACCGAUUAGCAAAGAUUUUUCAUUUCCUGGGAAAGCAAGAGAUGGCUAUAGGGAUCUGUAAUAUGGCACUUGAUGUCCUCGAAGACCCAAAACUAAACUGGCAGGCCUAUGGAACACGUGCACAGAUUUUCCUCCGGAUGUAUGUACGAGAUCUAGAACGUGCCAAGAUGGGAUUGGGAAGUCUACCAGACAGGAAACUUCUGACAGAUGCCAAGUCUGACUUGGACAGUAUCUUAAACGUAUACCCCUGUCUGAAGACAUACCUGGAUAUAAGUCAAGUCUGUUAUUACAUGGGGGUGGAUGCAGUUCAGGAACUGUUUCUAACAGAUGAAAAUGCACUAAAUAAUGCCUUAGUGUUCAUUGCCAAAGCAGCAGAGCUUGACCUUGGAGACACCUUGCCUGAACUUCAGCUGUUAAAGGGAAAAUGUCUAAGAGUUAAAAAUGAGGAACUGAAUGCGUUAGAGUGUUUCAAACAAGCCAUAAAACUGGACUGCAGAGGAACCCAGGGAACAGAGAGCUUCAGAUGCCUGAUGGAGAGUCUCCUCAGCCUAUACAACCAGAACGAGAUAAACGCAAGGUCAUUGACGCAAGAGGUGGAACUGUGGGUAAAAGAGGCCCAAGAAAAAUAUACAUCCGAGAGUGUUAGCCAGGAGCUGCAGGUCGUGUGUCGGAAUAACACGGCAACAGUUGUAGAACUCUCUAGAGCAAUGAUAGCAGAAGGUAAAACGGACUUGGUGAAGCUCCUGUUUCAAUCAAUGAAGUUGAAUUCCAGGAGGCCAACAUUAAGCCAACGAUCUUCUUCAUUUUGACCAACAGAAAAAUUUACUCCGCAACUCCUUCAUGCACAGAAUGGGUAUAGUACUCUCCUGAAUAUAAGACGAUACCAAGAACGCAAUAAAGGUUGAUUUUUUUAAGAACAGGCAGAGCUGUGGUUGGGCAGAAUAGUUCUUAAUUGUUGUGAAAUGUUAUGUUUAACCAACGGUCAGGGUAGAUAUUACUAGAUACGUGAAACGUGUAAAGCCACACAAUACCAUUUGUCAAUACAGCU